AUGGAACACGCUCUUGAGCUUGCGCAUCUUGGCGCACAAAGCCAAGAAGUUCCUGUCGGUGCUGUUCUCACCUAUAAGGGAGAAAUCCUCGCAAAAGCUCACAAUGAGAUUAUCCAAAACAAUGACCCAACAGCUCAUGCGGAACUCCUUGUCCUGCGAAGAGCUGCGGAAAAACUUGAAACACCCCGCCUAGUUGGGGCAAAUCUUUAUGUGACCUUAGAGCCUUGUCCAAUGUGCGCACAGGCAAUCGCUUUUGCCCGAAUAGAAAAAGUCUUUUUUGGCGCCUAUGACCCCAAAGGCGGUGGCAUAGACCAUGGCCCUAAAAUCUUUGAACAACCCACCUGUCACCAUGAUAUACAAGUCAUUGGUGGUCUGCUUGAAAAAGAAUGCGGCAGAAUCCUAAAAGAUUUCUUCCAAAAACGACGAGAGAAUUCCUAA